UUUUUGUGGGGUAAUUGAUAGUUGAGAGUAUUAAAACUCAUUAAAAACAGUACAUCACAUCAUCUUCAACUCUUCAAUAUUAUAGCAUUGCUAUAUUCCUUCUUAGAAGUAGCUAGCUAGAGAUCGAGACCUAUGGCUUCAGCAGUAGACAUUGAGCCUCCCAAUUCAUCUAUUUCUUCUGCUCCAUCUUUCGCCAUAAGACCACCUAAUAAUAAUCAUCCCACCACCUUCUUGAGAAGUAUCUCCACAAAAGAGGCAUCAAAUUUCUCCGAAGAACUUUCCUAUAGCCCGCCGCGCUUAAGCACUUCAGUCCUUCCUUCCAAUACAUGUCAAGGCCGUAAUUCCCAGCCUUCAACGCCUCGCCUUUCGUUCACGCUUAAUAAUCCGUCUAAGUCAGUAGACGAUCACGCAGAGUUUCAUCAAACGAGUUAUAGAUGCAUUACCUCCGUGCUGAAAAAGGACGGACAGAUCUUGUCUGUGGCUGUAUCCAACGGACUUGUGUACACGGGGUCUCAGGAGAAUGUAAUACGCGUGUGGAAGUUGCCUGAGUUUACUGAAUGUGAUCAUCUUAAGACGAGGACGUCCAUGGUGGUUUCAUUACAAGUUUCGAAUGAUAUGGUAUAUGCAGCCUAUGCUGAUUGUAAGAUUCGGGUGUGGCGUAGGACUUGGGAAGGUGUCAUCAAACAUGUCCGAGUUGCAACUAUCCCAAAAGUCGGAAGUUAUGUCCGGAGCUAUAUCUCUGGUAGAGAUAAGAUGAUGAAGCAUAUGGGACCAAUAUCAUCACUGGCAAUUAACAUGUCAGAUGAUAUCCUCUAUUCAGCUUCCCUUGAUAAAACAGUAAAAGUAUGGCGACUCUCGGACCUCAAGUGCAUAGAAACCAUCCAGGCCCAUAAUGAUCCGAUAAACGCCAUUGUUGUUGGUGAUGAUGGUGUCCUUUAUACUGCUUCCGAUGAUGCCACGGUCCGAGUAUGGCGUCGUAAUUUUUGUAGUGGAGAUGGGCCACAUUCCCUCACUGUGAGCUUACCAGCAAAAUGUUCACCAGUAAAGACAUUAGCCUUAACAACUGAUGGUGGGGUACUCUAUGGAGGGUGCAGUGAUGGUUACAUUCAUUACUGGCUAAAAGGUUGGUUCUCAGGGCAAUUGCAAUAUGGGGGUGCACUUCUUGGACACACACAUGCUGUAUUGUGCUUGGCUAGUAUGGCUAAUUAUUUGGUCAGUGGAUCAGCUGACUCAACUUGCAGGGUGUGGUUAAGGGAGCAACAAGAUUGUCAACAUGUGUGUGUGGCCAUUUUGCAAGGCCACAGAGGGCCUAUUAGGUGUGUUUCCGUGUUCCAAGGAAGACUGAAUGAGGAGAGUGAAGAUGGUUGCAUCAUUUGCACAGGAAGUCUUGAUGGAGUCCUCAAGAUGUGGCAUGUGAGACGCACCAGCAUUGGAGAUAAGGGCAAAGGUUCUUCACAGAAUGCCUGCCAAUAUUUUGAGAUUGCUUAAAUCUGGACACCCUUUUAUUUUUCAUGCAAGAUGUGUUGUUUCUAACCAGAGACAGAUCGAAGAUUUUAAAUAACUGCGCUGACAUAGUAUUAGUAUCACUGACUAUCCAAUUGUUUGUGACAAUAUAGGUACAGAGUUGCCCUGAUUUCAACUUUGAGAUAAGAGUAGUAGUGGCCAAUGAAUUCUUUAUACCCUGUCCUCACAGAUUGAGAUCCGCAACAAAGGAACUAGCAAUUACAUAAAUAUUCUAGUAUAUUUUAUAGUUCAGCUUCGUUUUAAUAUGUAUGGUAAUAUCUAAAUUUACUAUCAGUUGACUUUGUAAUUCACUCAAUAUACUGUGUUCUAUUUUCCCCA